AGAAGCGAGCAGACUUCAGUUGGACAGGCUUCAGCCCUUGUUUGCAGAAUGGAUUCACUCUUGUUCUCAGUCAUUGCAUCCUGUGUUGAAUGGGAUGUCAAAAGUCUGCUGCUCUUCAUUGUAAUUUUCAUCCUCACCACAGAUUACAUUAAGAACCGUCAACCGGACAGCUUCCCUCCAGGACCUCCGGCAAUUCCUAUUUUGGGCAACAUAUUCAAUCUGGAUUACCAAAGGGGCCAUGAGAGUAUGACACAGUUGGCAAAGAAAUAUGGAGAUGUGUACAGCAUGCGAAUGGGCCAGGCGUGGAUGGUGGUGAUAAACGGGUUUGGGGCUGUGAAAGAAGCUCUGGUACAUCAGAAAGACAGCCUGGUGGACCGUCCACCCUUCCCACUGGUCCUUAGCCUAACCAAUGGACGAGGGUUAAGUCUUAGCAGUGGGAACCCUUGGAAGCAGCAGAGGCGUUUUGCUCUUUCAACCCUCAGAAAUUUUGGACUUGGCAAGAAGGGAGCUGAACAAGUCAUCUUACAAGAAUUUACACAUUGUGCAAAAGACUUCAGUAGCUACAAAGGUAAACCAUUCGAUCCUCACCUCACCACCAACAAAGCCGUCGGUAACAUCAUCUGCUUCCUGGUUUUUGGUCAUCGCUUUGAGUACCAUAAUGAGGACUUCACAAAAGUAAUGAAGAUGUUUGGAAAAGGUCUCCGCAUUCAAGGCUCCAUCUGGGCACAGUUUUACAACGCAUUCCCUUUUGUGAUGAGAUAUUUGCCAGGGCCACAUCAGACGGUCCAGCACAUGUGGAAGGAUGUAAAGGACUUCAUAAGAGAACAGAUUAAGCAGCACAGACAGAACUGGGAUCCCUCGGACCAAAGAGACUACAUCGACUGCUACCUGAAUGAGAUUGAGAUGAAUAAGGAGCAUGCUGAGGAUGAGGGUUUUGAUAGGGAAAACCUGGUCAUGUGUGUCUUUGAUCUGUUUUCGGCUGGCUCUGAGACCACAUCAAGCACCUUGCGCUGGGGUUUCCUCUACAUGGCAAAGUACCCAGAGAUCCAGGCAAAGGUCCAGGCUGAGAUAGACGAAGUGAUUGGACAGUCCAGAGAGCCCACCAUGGAAGAUCGUCAACACCUGCCCUACACUGAUGCUGUCAUCCAUGAGAUCCAGAGGAUGAGCAACAUAGUUCCUCUAAGCUUUCCUCAUUUUACCAACAAGGAGAUGCAGCUUGAUGGCUACACAAUCCCAAAGGGAGUCACAAUAAUCCCCAAUCUGACCUCGGUGCUGUUCGACAAGAAUGAAUGGAAGACGCCCAACACCUUCAACCCAGGACACUUUCUGACUGAGGAGGGCAAGUUUGUGAAACCAGCUGCUUUCAUCCCUUUCUCUGCUGGUAAGCGGCAGUGUGCCGGGGAGAGCCUGGCAAAGAUGGAGCUUUUCCUCUUCUUCACCUCCUUCAUGCAGCACUUCACCUUCUCCAUGCCUGAUGGGGUGAAGCCUCCAAUGGACUUUUACUUUGGCAUCACUCUGCCACCACGUCAAUAUGAAAUCUGCAUAAACUCACGCUUAGAGUAGCUCUGAUGAAAAACAUAUACCUAUCUAUAUACCUACAAUGAAUAUGAUUAUGAAUAUGAUCAUGAAUAUGAAUAUGGAUAUGAUCAUGAUUAUGAUUGUGAUCAUGAUUAUGUGUGACAGAGUUUAAUGAAUAUUUAGAUGACAUGUUAUUAGGUCCACUGUAUAUAUACUGCAUAUAUUUCUUUCAUGCAGUAAAACUGUGAUGUACUUUUGUUUUGUUUGUGGUUUUUUUUUAAUUAGUGGGUUCCAAGCCAUGAUUGUGACACCUCUGUUUUAAUAUUUUAAAUGCUGUUAGUUAAAUGUGACAUGAGACACUUUGCCUACUUUGCCAUAACAUAUUCUCAUAGCACGACAGUGGGCAGAUUUGAAAUGACUUUCAUUAAAGAGUAAAAUGUG